AUCAUCCAGUACAUCGGGGAGAUCUGCCGGUACCUGCUGAGCCAGCCGGUGCGCGAGGCCGAGCGCCGGCACCGCGUCCGCCUGGCCGUGGGCAACGGGCUGAGGCCCCACCUGUGGGAGGAGUUCACGCGGCGCUUCCGCCUGCGCCAGAUCGGCGAGUUCUACGGGGCCACCGAGUGCAACUGCAGCAUCGCCAACCUGGACGGCAAGGUGGGAGCCUGCGGGUUCAACAGCCGGAUCCUGCCCAACGUCUACCCCAUCCGGCUGGUGAAGGUCAACGAGGACACCAUGGAGCUGGUCCGGGAUUCCCGGGGGCUCUGCGUGCCCUGUCGCCCCG